AUGAUCGUGCGGCAGAUGGCGUUGCUCGUAACGGCGUUUGUCGCGGCUGCCGCGACACAAGAUCUCUCUGUCCCGUCCUCAUGGCAGAACACAACAUCCAACCUUCCGUGCUCCGAGCGCCAAAACCUCGCACACGAUGCUGCCGCCACUCUCGUCUCGCAUAUCGCCCCGGGUCAAGGCUUUGUUGAAGGGCUGAAAGGCUAUCAGACCAUCGGGAGUCAGUUCGCCGUACUUGCGCAACAGGACUGGUUAAGUGGGAACAGGACAUGGGAGAACACGGUCACGAGCAAUAUGCAGGUCUUCACGCAGAAACUUGGUGUAUCUGGCAACAACCCAAAGCGAUGGAGCAACGUCGCAUACUGGUCUCUGGUUUACAUCUACGCGUACCAGGCAUAUGGGCAGGAUUCUCUACUUAAAUCCGCCCUGUCGCUAUGGACGGACAUUUACAACAGCGUUUUUAUCUCCGAUGCCGCUGUAGCGAGUGGAGCAAACGCGAGUACAGCUGGGCGCAAUGUAUCAUACCCGCCACCGACGGGGUGCACAGACAGUACGAUUGUGGGUGGCGUGUUUUUCACGGAUGUUGCAAACAACACUGUCAUCAACGGCGAGACGGUCGGAGCGUUCAUGGCGGCAUCAGCAUACCUCUACGAGGCAACGCAAAACACGACCUAUAGGGACGUCGCCCAGCUAUCUUUGGACUUCAUGACUCAUCAUCUCUGGAACGGCACCAUCGUCUACGACAGCUUUGAUCCAAGAACAUGCAAGACCUCAGAUACGACGACCUUCGUAACCUUCAAUCAAGCAUGGUUCAUUGAGGGCCUGAGCGUCAUGGCGAAUGAGACGAAGAACGAUACCCUGGUCAACUUGCUACAUACUGCAGUACCGAGCACAGCCACCUUUCCGGCGUGGACAUUGCAGAGCGGCGUGAUCAGUGAAGGAAGCGCGGUUGACGAUCCACGGGCAGACUUGAAAGCCUGGUUCGUGCGCGGACUCGCAGAGGCAUGGAGGCGGAAUCCCGGAACCGAGCUGGCGAAGUACAUCGAAAGCUACAUCACGGUUCAGUAUAACUCUAUCUUCAGCAACUCUCGCGCGGAAGGUACCAGCUUCUACGUGCCGUCUUGGUUCGGUCCCUCCAACACAUCCUUCCACGCGCUCGGCAGCAUCGCAGCGCUCGACGUCUUGAACGCCGCAUUCAGCUUCGUGGAGCGCGACAGCACCGGAAGAGACGGGAACUCGACAACGCCCGAUACACGCGACAGCAGCGGCGGCGGCGAUGAUGACAACUCGGUGAAGUCCUGGCACGCUGGCGCUAUCGUCGGUGGUAUCGUCGGUGCUGUGACGGCUCUGCUCAUUGUGGGCUUUGGCUUCUGGCUCCACCGCCGCCGCGCACGUCGACGGUCAAGUGCAAAAAUGUCGCAGGAGAAACUCCAGGAGGCCGGAAACGGUCGAGGCGAUGGCAUCGUUAUCGAGCCCUUCCUCGGAGGACACGAGCACUCUGAAUCGGGUUCCGAUCAACCCUAUACACCCACCGAUCCCUUCGCGAGGGCGCAUGCGAACAGUUCGGGAACCGUGAUGCCUGUGACGGUCGGGCAGCAAUCGAAGUCGGACAGAUAUAACUUGAGCGUGCCGCAACUUGCGUCUUCGCCAGUCUCCAUCACCGGCGCCAGAUCUCUGCCGGUCGCCUCGUCACCGUCUGGUUCAGGUGGAGAAACAACCCUCAGCUCAUCCAGACCACCGCAAUCCGAGUCCGAGGAUAUCCCGGGUCUGGUGCAACGCUUGAAUAGCCUGUUACAGGCUUCGGGACAUGGGCCGAUCAUCGCGCCCGUUGGCGAGACGGGGACGUACGAUGAGGCUCCCCCUCAGUACGAGAGGGAGGUGCGGUCCAACUCAGAACCCUGA